UCUACACUCUCUAGUUCCUGUCAAACAACACAAAGCAGUUGAAUUUUUUAUUCAAAGUUCCUCUACAUUUUUCCUCAGAAGAAGAAGAAAAAAAAAAACUCCAUUAGAAUGGGCACAGCAACUUUCGUUGACAUCAUUAUAGCCAUCCUCUUGCCUCCUCUUGGUGUCUUCCUCAAGUUUGGCUGCGAAGCGGAAUUUUGGAUCUGUUUGAUUUUGACUCUCUUUGGUUAUCUCCCUGGUAUCAUCUAUGCCAUCUAUAUCCUCACCAAGUGAUCCUUCAACAAUUUCUGUGGUAGGGAUGUGAAGGGCAGCUCUGUGUGUGUGUUUUGUUUCUGUAUGAAGGGCUUGUAUUUUCAAUUGUUCAUGUAUAGAACUAAUUAAUUAUCUGGUGUAUGUACCAAAGGGAUUGUUCAUUUGUUUUUUUUUCUGUUUUUUUAAUGGGAUUUUAAUAAGAAAUAUCAGAGGCCUCAUAUUUGACUCA